CACACUUUCCCGUUCCUGUACUUUGUUCACAAGUUAAAGAUAAGCAAUGACAUACAUUUAACGCAAACGCUACCUAUGAAUGCCAAUUGUAUUAAAGUCAACUAUCUGCAGGACACUUGAAGAAAUGGACCUUGUAAUCCUCGUUGUGUGGUUUUUUCUUUGCUUCGAUUCAGCAACUGGGGCACACUGCCUAAGCUGUACAUCUAUGCCUAGUAGUUUCCCAUGUGUUACCUCUACAACAUGUUCAACUGGGCAAACUUGCCCCGGUCAUUCAGGUACCCAUGCGUUACAAAUGUUGCCAAGUAGAUAUGUGUUAUCAAGGGCCAAUUUGUACAGGCUCAUCAACAUCUGACCAGCCAAUAGUGGUUCCGACAACUGUGACCGUUAGUACGAUCACUUUGUCAACAACAGCUCAAACAACCCGUACGACCUCAGGUGGGGAUAUCUGUCUAUCUUGCACUGAUUCCCCUUUGACACGAGAAUGUCUCUAUACUGUGAACUGCGAAUCACAUGAGAGUUGUUAUGCUGACGCAUUCGAGAAUCCAAAUGGGGACAUCGUUUUCAAUAUGGGGUGUCGGGAUAGACAACUAUGUGGCUCUUUCGGCAAACGUGAGGGUGUGAACCUAUCCAACGGUAACAAGUUGCUAUGCGCCCAGUGUUGUCAAGGAAACCUUUGUAACGCUGCCGUCUGUGGACAAACUGGACUGCCCUCUGUUGGACCCGUGUGUUUCAAGUGUGAUCAGGCCAGCACGCCGAGCUCGUGUAACACGAUAGCGCUCUGUGGACGGGAUGAUGUAUGCCACCUUGAGAAAACCCUUAGUGCGCUAACCCACGCAACGCUAUACAAAUCAGGAUGUUUGCACAAAACCCAUUGUGAAAGACACGCUCAAAGUCUAACCUUAAUUGGAAGAAAGAGACAUGACAACACAGUUAUUAAAGGGAAGAUUUGCAACUCCAACAUUAUGAAAACAUACAGCACAUCUUUGGACUAUUAAAACUACAAUUUGUUACUGAGCAAUUCGUUGAAACACCAAUUUAAAGUUUCACAACGGAGCUUUGACAUACAGGCAUUGUUUUUAAAAAGAAAUAUGAACAUACUCAGGAAAGCGUUUACAUUCCGAAUCCUUUUUCAAAUCAUGCAGGUCGCGGAAAACGUUAAAAAUACAACCUUUAAGUAGUUUACAUUUUUAUAUUAAUCACCUACCAAUAUUACUCUAAGUUUUCGGACACUUGCAAAUAAUAUAUGUUGUUCGUUUCUAAAAAAAUUAGAUACCACAAAUAUUCAACCAAUACAGGUACCCAAACAUUGAGAGACAAAAACAAAGGGGUUCGAAUAUAUAGAAUAGGUUAACAUUAAUGAACGGAUAAGGCUAUGCAUUCUGGAUAGCACCCAUUGCUUAAAAGAAUUAUAUAACUUCCUUGUUUAAUAUCCCGCUGUAUAGUAUACAUUUUUAUAAAUACUUUUCUCUAAGCUGUUGGGUGAAACAAUUGUUAUUUCCGGCAUGAACAGUUGGCUACACAAUUAGGCAAAGGUAUUUGCAUGCUGGGAAAUUUGUCGUCUGCUAAAAUGUCGUCUGCUGAAUUUCUAAAAUUAGCAUUUUCUUCGAUUUUUUUUUCAAAAAAUACUAUCAUAAUAGCAAACAGUUUGGAUCCUGAUGAGACGCCACGUUCUGUGGCGUCUCAUCUGGAUCCAAAC